AUGUUCAAAGGAUGCCCAGGGAAGGUUCUUAUUUGCGGGGGACAUUUGAUUUUAGAUCCGGUACAUAAGGGAAUUUCUUUUCCCUUUCCGGCGGCCUGCAUCUUUUCCAAAGCGCGCAAAAGCUAUGUAGCGCACACAGCCACGGAGAUACACAUACCUUACACACCCUCUUGCCUCCUUAAGUUGUCAUUUUGCCAACGCAAUGAAGGUUCAAAGUCCAAUGUUGACUUUUCAACCUUUUCGCUACUUGCUAUAUUUAAAGAUGUGCAAUUUUCGCCUCCAGAUACAAUCACAUUACAUGCUUAUCUUUUACGCAUCGAAUCUAAUUGCAUUUCUGCCAGGGAGGGCUGGGCUGUUAUUCCAUUAUGCCAUCUCAAGGGAUCCUCUUUCGCUACCCAAAUAUGUCUGAACGAUGACCCUGUACCUUUUGAACAGUUUUCUUUCCAAGCUACGACAAUUAUGAUUUGGUACCUUGCCAAUUACAAAAGUUUACAGCUAUGCAAUGGCGAGGCUUAUAACCAAAAACUUAUGCUCAUUGAAAUGGAGACCAUUUCGGAUCAAGCAUUUUACACUACGCCUCCCUGUAAAUUUGCGGAUCAAAAUGGGGCUCCAAUUUGGAAUACACCAAUCAAAAAGCUGUGUAAAAGUGGUCUGGGGAGCAGCGCCGCAUAUGUCUCGUCUUUGGUUUUGGCGCUUUGUGAAGAUGACUGCACCCGUACUCUGCUUCUAACACAGGCAUUGUUGGCCCAUUGGAUUGGCCAGGGCUGCAAAGGAUCUGGAUUUGAUAUCUGUACUUCUCUUCUAAAUGCCUUAGAAACCCGCCCGGUUUGCUUAAUAUUUUCUCAAUCAAGAGAAGUGAGUCAAUUAUUGCCCAUCGUUGCCUCUUCCAUUCGAUUGCUUUUCAAGUCUAUUGGGAAGCUUUCUUUAGUAGAAUCGCAACUUUUGGCUUUGGUGGAAGUAUUUCCUAUUUGUUCACCUAUAGGCUGUUGA